AUGUUUACCUUUCCGUCCAAGGAAAUUCUGUUUAUUCUUUCGGUUUCUAACACAGUUCUAUCCACGAUCCCACCAAUUGUUUACCGAUCGGAUACCGCCCCCCCUGAAAGACUUUGGGCGAACGAUGGGUUUCGCUGCCGGGGGGGUAGGUUUGGAAUUCCAAAAAACGACGCAAUGCCCUAUUACGAUCAUGUGUUCUGGCCAGAUAAUUUAGUUUCAGCAAACUCUGACCCGUGGAUUGCAACAUCGUUCGACAAAAAUCUUGCAUUUUCCUGGGCCAAUAUGUGGUACCCCACACUCGAUCACUGGGUUUAUGCUAUUUCUACGGCGGGUAUCGAAAAUAAAUGUCUCGAUAUCGAGGAAGCAUAUCGAAAAGAUGGCAGGAUGCACCCGUAUCCUGAAAACCGUGAAAUUGCUAUCAGAGAUUCAAUACCCUGGGAAAAUGUUAAAGGUUGGUUUGUUGUGAAACCGGGCCAGGACCCAGUAUGGGUGGAUCGGCCGCCUUCGCUAAGUCCAUUAAAGCCCAAUGACCCUCGCAAACCAACCACACCGAUUUAUCAACCCAGUUCCUCCGGACAUUGGAUUGCAUCUCGGCCGAAAAGGGUUUUGGAGGAUGUGUUAAAUGCCCAACUUAAUGGGUAG